CCCAACAACUACCUACCCUGUGCUGGCUUGCUUUUUGGUAGAGCGGUAGGUACUAGCUUCACUACAUUGAAGUCACACGUGCUUUUAUAUAGGUUUGUAAUGAUCGAAGAAGAAACUGAAGGGAAGGGAUCAUGUCGGAAGAAGCUGUAGUAAUGGAGAACAAGCAGGUUAUAUUCAAAGGCUACAUAGAUGGAGUUCCUCACGAAACCGACAUGGAAUUCAAGGUCUCCAAAAUAGACCUCAGUAAGGUUCAGGGAUCAGGAUCAGGAUCCAUCAUCGUCAAGAAUCUUUAUCUCUCUUGCGAUCCUUACAUGCGCGGUCGCAUGCGUGAUUUCCGUGAAUCUUAUAUUCCCCCCUUUGUUCCUGGCCAGGCGCUUGAAGGAUUCGGUGUAUGUAAAGUUAUACACUCUGAUAAUCCGAAUUUCAAGCCUGGGGAUUACAUUUCUGGAUUUACGGGCUGGGAGGAGUAUAGUUUGAUCCAAAAAACUGAUCAGUUGAGAAAAGUCCAACCAGAUGAUCACAUUCCUCUCUCCUUCCAUGUCGGUCUUCUUGCACGCCGCAGAAAGGGGAAUAUGUUUUUGUAUCAGCUGCAUCAGGUGCUGUAGGGCAGCUAGUAGGCCAACUUGCCAAGCUUCGUGGCUGCUAUGUAGUUGGAAGUGCUGGCUCAAAGGAAAAGGUUGACCUCCUAAAGAACAAGCUUGGAUUCGACGAAGCUUUUAACUACAAGGAAGAAUCGGACCUGAAUUCAGCUCUACGAAGGUAUUUUCCGCAAGGAAUUGACAUAUACUUUGACAAUGUGGGUGGGGAAAUGCUUGAUGCUGCACUACUCAACAUGAGGAUUCAUGGUAGGAUUGCAGUUUGUGGGAUGGUGUCUCAGCAGAGCCUUUCUGAGCCCAAAGGGAUUUACAACUUAAUGAAUCUUAUUAUAAAGCGCAUCAAGAUGCAGGGGUUUUUGCAGAGCGAUUACUUGCACUUGUAUCCGCGCUUCUUGGAAGACGUUUCCAGAUACUACAAGGAAGGAAAGAUUGUUUACAUUGAAGACAUGAAUGAAGGCUUGGAAAGUGCUCCAUCCGCUUUUGUUGGACUUUUCCUUGGCAAGAAUGUUGGCAAACAAGUCAUUCGUGUCGCCCAUGAAUGAAUGAUCACUUUUCAUGCUUACUAUGUUGUAAUCAUAUAUAUAUUCAUUGAAAAUUUGUUGGGUGAACUUGACCAGCUGAGAGAGAAACAGAGAUUCUACCAUGCUAGCAAAAUUCUUGCUCCAUAGUGUGUGUAAUGGGGAGUGGAUCUUCUCGAGUGGAGAAAAAACUAGAUGGUGUCAAUUGUUUAAUAUCACCUUUCAUUGUUCUCUCUCUCAUAUUUAUUUUUAGUUCCAUUUAUAAAAUUAAUAGUGAGAUAUCACACUUUAUCUCAAGUGUUAAAAAAAUUGAAAGGAUCCAUUUCCUCUGUAAUGUGUUAUUGUCUUUUAUGCAAAGCCUUAUUUUCUC